AUGACAUUAACAACCCUGAUAUCGAGCAAGAAUUUAGGGGUCUUUGCCAGGAAGCAAGGACCAAUCAAGCGGCCCGCUGACAUCUUGGGGAUCCUAUGGGGUGACCGUGACAGUUUUCCUGGAUCGGCAGGCUCCCUGGGCAUCCACAAAAUGGUGGCAACGAGGCAGCAUCUUCAGGUCGAGAAAUCCAUCCCAGCUGCGCUCCUGAUAAUUGGGAGUUUGGCUGGCCACAGGGAGAUGGCAGCCCCUCGCUUGGUCCUUUCCUGCUUUUUGCUCCCCAUUUUGGCUGCUUUGGCUGCAAAGGAGUCGGUGCUGAACAUGUGCAUGAAUGGCAAGCACCAGAAGACAGAGCCCGGCCCAGAGGAUCAGCUCCAUCAACAGUGUUCCCCGUGGAAGGAGCGUGCUUGCUGCACGGUCAACACCAGCCAGGCGGCCCACCAGGACAUCUCCUACCUCUACAACUUCAACUGGGACCACUGCGGCACUAUGUCCACCAAGUGCAAGGCCCACUUCAUCCAGGACACCUGCCUCUACGAAUGCUCCCCCAACCUGGGACCGUGGGUCGUCCAGGCGGACCAGUCCUGGCGCCUGGAGCGGAUCUUGAACGUUCCGUUGUGCAAAGAGGAUUGUGAACAAUGGUGGGAGGACUGCAAGGAUGACUACACCUGCAAGGACAACUGGCACAAAGGAUGGGACUGGUCCACAAAGGUCAACCAGUGUCCGGUGGGCACCAAGUGCCAGGCCUGGAGUGCGGUCUUUCCGCAGGCGAAGGACAUGUGUGAGAAGAUCUGGACAAACUCCUACAAGUACACCACCUGGGCCCGGGGCAGCGGGCGCUGCAUCCAGAUGUGGUUCGAUGCCUCCGAGGGCAACCCCAACGUGGCCGUGGCCGAGUAUUACGCCAAUGCAGGGCAAGCCUGGGGCGUCCCUCCAACCUGGAGGUCUUUGUCCGUGACCUUUGCUGCCCUCCUCUUUGCCCUCCAGUGACCCCAGGAGGACCUUCCCUAACCCUCUUAUGAAGCAAACAAAGGAAAAGACGAUGCAGUGCUCUGGAUGCAUGUUUUGCAAGCCAAACACUCUUUUCAUUGGCCUCCUCUUCCUCCCAAUAUGCCGGAUUACAACUCCU